AUGAGCAGCUCAAAAAAAAACCUUUUAAAUCUUUUUUCUAAAAUUUGUCGAAUCCUUACAGCUAAUUACAGCAAAAAGGAGCGCAAAUCUGGCGGCGGCAGAGGAGGCGGUGGCUUGGUGUACUCCGACAACGAAGACGUUGUUAUUGAGGAGGAGAAAAUCGUGUAUCCCAACGAAGUUGAGCGUAGGUCCAACUCACAGGAGGCGGACUCGGAGGAGUUGUUGCGCAGCUUUGAGGUACUGCAGCUGAACUUUAAGAGCGCAGAUGAUGCUCAAAGCAAGCCAUUGGAAGGCGUGGCGGUGGCACAACCGCCCGUCAGCUUUUCAGAGCCACCAAAGAAGCUGAUUUAUCGCAACAAGUACACCAAGAUCAAUCCCAACAUAGUCAUUGACUGUCUGCACAAUGAACCGACCAUUAGAGCCCUGAAAGUGCUUUUUGACUGGCUGCGCGUCAACCCGGAGAUACUCAUCGGCUGCUACCACUCGAAUCCGGAGUUUGUGCACAAGAUCAUGAAGCUUCUCAACUACUGCAACAUCGACAUCUUCACCAGGAAGGUUUACUUCGAGCGCGACCUUCUGACCACCGCCAACGUGCGCGAUUCCCUGGUCGAGUUAUUUGAUGUGCGGGCUAACGUUCCGCUCACCGAGGACUUUGCUUUCAAGAACUUUGACAUCUUCCAGAUCCCCCAGAUUACACUGGACUGGGAGACCAGUAUCCGGGAGCGUGUCACUCCCCAGGAAGAGUCCAUUCUCCGUAUUUUCAAGAUGGUCGACUUUGGCUUUUUCAUUUGCAAGCAGAAGAAGUUUAACUACAGAUUCUGCGUCAAGACGCGUCGUUUCACCGAGACCCAAAAGAAGAAACAGCGCGAGGAGAAGAAGGGAGGCGGAUCACGUCGCCGCGAGCGUCGUACCGCUCCGAAGACCAACCGAACAAAGCGGAACGAAGGACGCACACGUCGCUACUCCGAUCGCAAGAACGGCAUUGUCCGCAAGAGCUACACCAGUAACGAGGAAAAGGACACCGUGGAGGAGUGCCGCAAGAUGCCGCGCAAGGGUUACCUAAGGAAUCGCAAUGCCGAGAAGGCGGCUGCUGCUAUAACCAGUGCCACGGGAACCUCUUUCGCCGGCGGAACCUCCGCCUCCACAACCACAAACAGUGUCAUCGAGAAACUGAAUUUGCAGUCCAGCUCGGGCGCCGACGAAGAGCGCUCGGAGGCCAAGUCGAAGAAGUGUGAGCUCAUGGGCAAGCUGUGGCUGCAAAGCGAGGUGGAGACUUUGGAGGAGGAGCUGCGGGACAGUCCCGCUCAUGUGGUGAUGUCCCCAUUUGUGGUGGUCGAUUCAAAGGCAUUGACCGAAUACAAUGGCAUAGUCAAGUCGCUGGUGAGGACCAAGAAGUGCAUUGUCCUCAUUCCAAAUGCAGUGCUCAAUGAGUUGGAUGACUUGAAGAAACGCAGCGAGAAUGUGCGCCAUGUCAUCCGUUGGCUGGAGCAGGAGUUUAAGCAGGGCAAUAGGCACUUGCGUGCGCAGCGCGAUAACGAAAGUCAGCCGCUUUCCCUACUGAAGAUAUCACGCAAGAUGGAUCGUGACGCCUCUGUAUUCCUUCAAAUUGCCCAGUUCUGCAAUCACCUGGUAUCCAACCAUGCCGAUCCGCACGUCAGCGAACUGAAGAAGAGCGUCGUCACGUACUUGUCCGGCGAUAAUUUGCACGAGAAGAACCGCCAGCAACAGAACUUCAGCUACACCGGCAUCCUUGACUCGAUACCCGUACGCUAUGCCCAGAUCCAGAGCUUCUACGCAAAAUUUAAGGCCAACAAAAAAUGAACGGGCCCAAGUGGAGCGGCAACGGUAGCGGGCGCUAAGGCGGCAAAGGCAACUGCAGACCAAAUGCAAUGCGAGCUAAUAAGGGUGCGAGCGUGUUCUCUCUGUACAACCACAAAUCGACAUGGAGUUCCAAAGUUAACGAUGGCCGUGGACGACGGCAAAACCAAACCAGCAAUCGCUGCUGCAGCCUCGGUUGUGGCCGUGUUUUCCCCAAAAAAAAACUGAAACUGAAAUUGUUACCAUCAGCGGGAGCAAGAUUCCGCCAGCCUAGUGCAGCAGCAGCAUUGCGUGGAAUUUGCUUGUUGUGUUUAGACCAAACUAAAACAAAAUACCAAUCAAAAUCGUUCACUUUCAACUCGAUGGCUACAAUGAUGACGACCUCCCAGCAAAUGUUAAAUGGACAAUGGCAAACGCACAAUCAUCAACAAAAAAUCAGAAGAAAAAAAUCGUAAAAAAAAAAAUAUCAAUCAAUCGAACAACUUUUCAAGACCUGAGCGGUCCACGGACAGAAGAUCUUCGUGGAGCAGCUAUUUGAUGUUGGGAGAGCGGGAUGACGGCGACCAGGACGGAUCGACCUUCUAAUCGGUUAUUUGCUUGAUGUACCAUUUCGUAUUCAAGAUUUCGCAUUUCCUGCGUCGGGCUGGACUUUGGAUCCAAACACUCUUGAUCUUUCCUGCAGUUGUGUUUCGUUCUCGGUUUGGCAGACAGAGUUUAUUUAAAUUUCCACGCUUCUGACUAGGCAAUCCGCGUGAUCCUCUUCGCAAAAACAAAGUAUAUGAUAUAUAUAUAACAAACUUACAUUUUAAUGCAGUCCCAACUAAAGUCUCUCUUGUGGUUCACCAAUGCAAUUUCCCAUUAAAGAAUAAAGGAAAGUGCCGCACAUAUGUAAACAAAAUUCUACGUCAUUCUAAAUGUUUCCGAAAUUGAAAGUUAUGUUACAUUUUGUUUGAAUAAUAAAGCGCCCAACCACAAAAA